UCAGUGCGUUUGCUCCAGUGUGUUUCUUACCUGGUCACUUUCAAAGGAGUGCCAGAGAGGAGAGCAACUGCGCCGAACUCUCUAUAUAUCCUUCAACUUCUCAUGACCGACACACCCACAACAACUGAUCAGGAAAUGCAUCGGAAUAUAUAUUUAAUGCACAACACUGUUUUAAAUCAGGAUGUGAAGCCCCAACCAAUGGAGUAAGAACUAUUCUGUUUGUAACGAGACUGCUUCCUUGUAAAUCUGCAGGAAUGGGAGAAACCGGCAGAAACUCUAAAGGUACAAAAUCAUGGAAAUUGCUCCAGCAGUGGAUUUUACUCCUGGCAUCAAUUUACAGUCACGGGGCUAUAAAUGAGGCCUGUAAAUGUGAUGGCCAUCUUGAUUUCAGGACAUUUAACUUUAGCUAUGCAAGACAACAAUGUUGCUUAAACUUCACUGGUUCUUCCAUUGGUGCCCUUCAGUGGAAUGCCUUCACCGGCCUGACAGGACUGACGGUUCUCGACCUGUCAAGUUGUAACAUAUCUGACAUCUUGGAUACGGAUGCAAAUCCGAGAUCUCUGGAGAUCCUAUACCUGGAUCGCAAUUACUUAGAGCAAUUACCUUCUAACUUCCUAACAAAUGCAACCAAUUUAAAGGUCCUUCACCUGGAGGAAAACAAUCUUCAAGAAUUACCAGAGGACAUUUUAGGUGCAUCAGACCAAAUCCAGGAGCUAUACUUGGAUUCCAAUAAUCUAAUUUCUAUUCCUCCCAAUGUCUUUAAACCAAGCCUUGAAAAAUUGUCUCUUUUCAAUAAUACUUUGCAGUGUACAUGUGCCUUGUAUGAUGCAUUGGCAAAAUACAAUUCAAGUGUCAUUAGAUCGGAAAAUGGGCCCAUGUGCUACACCACUAAGCACCCAAAAGGUCUGAAUAUCAUAGACAUUCAUCGCUCAGAUAUCUGCAGGUCCCAUGGCCUUACUGCUCUCUUCAUUUGCCUCCCUUUAAUCUUGAUUCUUGCUCUAGUAUUGGGCUACUUCUGCUGUAGAAGAAGAAGAUCUGAUUUUAAAGCAAUUAGACAAGACAAUCACAUUUGCACUGUGGAGAAGUCUGGCUUUACAAACCUGGAGGACCAUCACUACAUAACAUGCAGGACCCCAGAGCCAACUCCCACCCUCACGGGACAUGAGAACAGCAUACUUGCCAGAAACCAGCUCAUGAUACGUCCCUCAGCAGCGUUGCUGGGGAGUAACCGUGACUUGUACGAGGAAGUGGAGAUAAAGCUUGGUGGUUCUGUUGACUCCAUUACACUUGCUGAUGACAUCUACCUUAAUAUGUCUACUAAUAAAUCAGAAGAAGAUGAAGUAGUUGAGGAAGUCCAUACACAACCAGAACUGGUGAGUGUGACAGAGGAGCUACAAGAGAUGGAUCGGCAAAGGCUCUACAUGAAUAAAUCAGCAAACUACUAUAAUCUAGUUCCUGGUAUUGAAUUAGAUGACUCUGAUCAUGGCGAAUAUGAAAAUAUUGACUUAUCUUAAUGAUAUAGGGUCAUUUGUAAAACAAACUGCUCAAAAUCUAAAUCAAAAUGGAUGCAGUAUGGGAAACUGCAGAAAGGUGGUGAAGAUGGACAGAGAAUUUUUUGUUUACCACAGAUGUGCAUUGAAGAAUAAGAAAAAUAGAAUACUUGAUUGAAAUGGAAACACUACUGAGGAUAAAAUGCAGGCUUACAUUGGGGUUAUGAAGCUCUGCUUUAUCACCGUCCUUCAACAUAUGGGAUGUCAAAGCCAAGAUCCCAGCUCAGUUAAAUUUAGAGAUGAAAUCCAUCAUCAGUUUCUGGUGAUGAUAAUCUAAACUCCUGGAGGUAAAUGCAGAGAUGAUUUAGUGGAGUAAGAGAGGAGAGAGAUAAGAUCCAACUUGGUCCCAAUAGUAUCAUUUUCUUUUCAAGGACAAUCCAGUAUCAAAAUAAGGGCCAAUUCUAAAAAAAAAUGCACCUGUUGUUAAGAAAUACUCUAGUAGUCUCAUCUGGGAAUCUGAAAGUAUAGCAUCAGAUUUACUCUACUUACCAGUGGGAAAUGGGUGAGUCUGGCUUAGAUGAAUGAAAUUAUGAAAUUAAUAGAGAAUGAUUUAGACUGGACAUAAAAUGUGCUUCCAAUUUGAAACAACGCCUAACUCACCAGAAGAGUACAAUCAAAGCUCAAACAUUUGAUCUAAUAUAUCUAAUUAUAUCUAUAUCUAAUUUUAGCAGUUGAAUGUUAAAUUCAAUUAAUCAGGAUGCAGAGAUUGGUUAUAUCAUGGUUUCACAAUAUCUGAUCUUUCUCAAUCUAUCUCGCUAUACUGGAUGGGUGGGUGAGACAGCCAGCUUUACAAGUUCAUUGAAAUUUUUGGAAUAGCCUCCUGGCAGCUCUUGGAUUUAUUUUGCAUGUUUCAUGAAUAAAUGUAUUUACAGUGCAUUCCUAUUCAGUACUUCAUCCAAGUGGUAAUAUGAAAGGGUGUCAUAUUGGCCAACAAAGUGCUUAAGUGAGGAAGUAUAUGGGCUGCAAGGCCCUUAGCAGUCUUUCCCCAAUCCCCAACCAUGUAAUGAUAAGACAUUUCUCCCCUACCCAGAACAGGUGGGAAACAAGCUAGGGUCCAGUUACCAGCCUUUCACCUGUGCCUGCCGCCACCUAUACACCACCCAUAAACAGUUAUAAGGAGGUGGUGGUAGAUCCCUCGGCAGGUCUGUAGAUACCACUUUGAAGGAUCUGUUGGUGCCUCUACUGGACCUCCCUAAGGCUUAUUUUUGUUGGUUGCAACCUCACAGUAGCAUUUCGUGAAUUCUUUAACAUGCCAGCUGUAGACCUUCCGGGAACCCAUCCAAUGCACUGAACGAGGGAUUCUGCUAGGAGCAACGCCUCCACCAUCUUAUAAAAAAAAUCACCUGCAUUUUGCCUUGGACAUUGAAUGAGGAAUUCUGCCACAGCCUGUCCUGCACCCUGGAAAUGAGAUUUCCCUGCAAUCCAGAUGACCCUUGUCCUGUGGUGGAGUCAUAGCAACAUCUGGAAGUCGCUCCCCAACACCCUGAGAACAGGAAAGGUAAAAUCCACUCUUGAAAAUCAGAAAAAUACUCAACCAUGGACUCAACGCUCCCGAGCCCAAUUCUGACUUCACAAUAUCCACAAGCUUCCCUACAGGAUUACUAAGAUAGACAUAAUGAGUGAACUUUGCCAUUUGUUAUGCUUCUUAGCUGGGCAAUAACAAGCUCAAGUGUGACACUCUACUCCCGUUCCAGUUGAGCUCAGUACUAAUCAAAGUUUAAAACUUUUACCCCUUUUCUAUGGCACUUCUACAUUCCGAGCCAGCCUUAGGAAAUAGUUUUACAUAAAAUCAGAACAAGUCAUGCUAACUUGACACUUUUGAGACACCAUUAUUUGCCCCCACAACAAUGGUGUGGGAAAGUGGGCAAACUGUCACCUCUCUCACAGUUACUUCAAACAACAGUGGAAGAGCCCGUUUAGUGCUAGAUUGUAAUCUGCAAGUGCUACACUUGUAUACAGCUUGAAUUGUUUUGAAUAAUUUGUUCCUUAAUGUUUUCAUAAACCAGUAUUUCUUUAUGAUUUUUAAGUAAGAGUACUAUAGCUCGCAUUAAUAAUUACUCUAAAAAUAGAACUUUUGUAGCCUCUGGCCUUCGGAGCAUUAUUUUAUGUAUUAAGGCAAUUGAUCAUAAUCAAGUGGCCAGCCUCAAAAUUGCUAUACCAAGUGCUUGAGUGGUCCUUCAUGAAGAGAUAUAAUAUUAUUAAGUCAAAGUCCUACCAUUUGGGUCCUUCCAGAGCUAAAAGGAAAGAAAAUAUCUAAAUAACCGUAAUUUCAAUUUGAUGUGUCUUUCAAUCUACUGUUUGUUUUUCACUCAGGAAUAUGAACCAUGGACAAUCUGGGCAGUACAACUCUAAGGGUCAGCCUCAGUAUCUUAUUGUCUCAUUUUUGUAGUGCUCCCAAGCAUGCUGCUAAUGAUGGGACAGAAAUUGUUUCUGCCCAAAAUAAGGGGAAGAGGGUCUAUAAUCAGCCCUUUGGGGAACAAAAACUGUGCCUUCUAAUGUUAAUGUAAUGGUAGAUUAGAUUAAAAAUAACCCUAUUUAAUCUAUCAUCUUCCUCACUCACAAAAUCAUUGUUACAUAUGUCAUAAAACUGUUACAUUUGAAAUAUUGUUUCAAUAACACAAACUUCCAGCUGCGUCUUUCAUAUUUCCUUUCAGUCUCAUGAAUAAUUUUAUAAAUAGAAUUUUGUGAUGAAAUUUCUUUCCUUAUUCCAGUCUGAUAUCGCACUUGGAAAAUAAUCUGGUAUCAUUGAUGAACCAAUGCCUUUGCUCAAAAAAAAGUAAGCUUCAGCAUUUGACACUGCCUGAAUAUUCCAGACUUAAAAUUUACCAUCUCUGCUAUUGAUAAUCUGAUCAACGGUGAGACUGAUUUCUGUAACAAUAUUGAUUUCAUGAUGUCUGACUGCAAAGACCUUUUGAGGAGACUGCUGUAUUUCUUGCCUUGCUCUAUUGCAGCCAUCAGAGAUUAGUGCCUGUUGAUGAUAAUGACCCUAUUUUCCUGGUUAACCCCGGUGUACAAGCUGCUGGGCAGAAGGCAGUCUGGAGAUGAGAAAAGAGCAAACUUCCUCUUUGAUUCCAGCCCUCUCAGAAGCCUAGUGCACACGAACCAAUUCAAAGUCUGUAACUUGUGGUAGCUGUGCCUUCAAUGGUUUUUGUUUUGUCCAUUCAUCACCCAGAAGUCUGAAAAGCCCAUGGAUAUUUAGGAACUCAGACCUGAGAUACAGAACAGAGAAGUGCCAUAAGUUGAAUCCUGAUUGACAGUGGAAAGAUUGUGUAGGGUUGUGCCAGUCAUACACAGGGGCUGACAGCUUUGGAACAGCAAACUAAACUACAACAACAGGAAGAGAAGACACAAGAUCAAAAAUAAUAAAUGACUGAAAUAAAACUACACUAUGCUGGAAAUAUUUAGCAGGUAUCAGGAGACAUCAGGGCAGAGAGAAAAAGUCAACAUUUCAUGUUAGUGACCUUUCUGCAGAAGUGCUAAGGAUUUCCAGCUUUUCCUGUUUUUAAAUCAGAUUUCCAACAUCUGCAAAGUCUUUAAUUUUAGUCAAAAGACCAAUACCUUACUGCAAUUAUAUGGGGCCUUAUGAGAUUCCUAUUGAAUAUUGUGUACGUGUUUGUCUCCCUACUAGAGAAAGGAUAUACUUGGGAUUUUAAAAAAAAAGCAAAGUGAAGUUUUGCCAGGUUGAUUCCUAGGAUGGGAUGGUUGACCUCUGAGGAGAAGCUGAAUAAUAUGAUACUCUCUGAAGGUUGAAACUAAAAGAGGUGAUCUCAUUAAAACAUAUUAAAAGAUUGGGUAAUUGCAGGAAAGAUGUUUUCUGUGGUUGGUGAUGUCUUGAACCAAGGUCACAGUCUAAAAAUAAAGGGUUGUCCGUUAAGGACUGAAUUGAACGGAAAAUUCUUCAUCAAGCAGGUGAUGAAUCUUUGGAAUUGUCUACAAAAGGGGGCUGUAAAGGCUCGGUUGUUGAAUUUUUGGAUAUGGAGUGAAGGCACUUGGUUAGAAGAUUAACCAUAACCCUAUUGAAGUGUAGAGAAGGCACAAGGGGCUGAGUGGCCCAUUCCCCUUUCAAUUUCCUUUGUUUUUAUGUCAGGCAAAGUCUUGAAGAGAAAUGUGGUCAAUAUGAGGAAUGGUAUUCUGGUCACUGCAGUGAAGACAUAAACUGUAGAAUCAUUAGAUGGCAAUGGGACUGUGUAGACAUUUGGACCAAAAUGAGGCUAUUUACCUGACUCUGUGAAAUACAAAUUCCAAAGAUGAGCAGACUUAAGGUAAGGAAUCAAGAAGAAAAAGGGAAAAAUAAAGCACCUUUGACAUAAAGAAUGUUAAGUACUUUAAAGCACAAUCAUAACACAGAAGAAUUCCUGCAAACAAAAAUGCAAACAAAUAAGAAUACAUGGAAAGAAUAGAGAUUGCCAAUGACACUCAUGCUCCCUAAUGAAUAUAAAAACAAAGUCUGAUUGAUAAAAAAUUCGGUUUGAGAUUUGGGAUAUGUAAUAUUGUGCUUCUUUAACUGGAAAUAUUACAAAGUACUUUAACACACUCCCUGCGAAAUGUUCUAUGUUCCCACAGGAUGUAUGUGCAAAUUAUGGGAUGUAGGUUAAACUGAGUUGGCUCUCAAUCAGAGGUCUGAAACACCACGCUGAACAAGUUUUCUAGCUUUUCCCAGGAGUCUGGACAUUCCUGAACCAUGGGGGCCUUUCAGAUGCUAAGAUCAAGAUCAGAGCUGAAUUUGUCUUCCCUUGCAAAUGCAGAUGAUACAAAAUACCUUUCCCCUAUUAAUAUUCUAUAUUUUAGUAAUGUCAUUCCAAAUAUCAGAGUCAAGAAAUACUCAGCAAACGGUUCAAUAGAUAAAUGAAACAAUGGGAAAUGAGCCACUGCACUAAUUGAUUUAUGAAUGAGGGUGUGUCCUUUGUAGUGAUGACCAUUGGUUACACCUUAACUCCUAUAUUACAUUUAUUUGUUCAAUGAUGUGUAAUUAUUAUAUAAUGAUGUUCUUUUUGAUAGCAGGAGAAUAAUUAAAAUAGUCUGGUUCAA